AUGGCCGUGUCCAAUUCGGAGCAAUCCCGAACGUCUCCGCCACUCAACGCCCCUGCUCGGCGUCGCUUCCGUCGUCAUGGCGUCGGACCUCGUCUCGUCCGUCUCCACGCGGCUGCCAAGCGCCAAUCUCGCGGACGUGAUCGAUGGACUCAGCAAUCGCUUUUCCUAGCAAAUGAAUGCGCUCAGCUGAAGCCGCUAAUGGCGCUCGAGACCGACACCGACAUCGAAAAGCCCUUUCACUGCUAUUUGACGUGGCGGUGGUCACUUUCAAGUCCGAGCACGGGUUUUUGA